CCCACACUCAAAAUGGAUCCUUUCCAGACUGACCACAGAACAGUUUUAGCUCUGACUGCGUUCAGCCUGGCCACACUCCUGGCUAUGCUAGGAGUGUGGCCAGUGCUAGGCAUCAUUGGAGUAAUACGGAUUUUGAGCAAUCUGUGCUAUGCCAUUGGAUUGUUAAGAGAAUUUCUGUGAAGAACAAAGCAAAAUUUAGCUGAGAAAUAUGGAAAAGGCACUUAUGCGUUGAUCACAGGUGCUGCUCAUGGCAUCGGGCUUGAGUAUGCGAGACAGAUUGCUAAAGAGGGAUUUAAUUUAGCUCUAUUAGACUUGGAUAAGGUGGGACUUGAUAUAGCACAUGAGAUUAUUAGAAAAGAAACUCCUGAUGUGAGAAUUGUAGCUGUUGGCUGAGACUUAGCUACGCUCAGAUCUGUUGAUCAGUUUGAAAAAGCAUUGCAGCAAGUCUUAGAUCUAGAUAUCUCAAUUUUAGUAAAUAAUGUGGGGAUAUCAACAUCUCUCCCAUUUGAAGAAGGCUCACCUAAAACAGUUAGUACCAUGGUCCAUUUAAAUAUGACUUCUGUCGCAGUCUUUACUUCAUUGAUUUAUAAAAAGAUCCUGAAUAGGGUAAAUUUCAGCUCAGAAGAGCCUAAUAAACAUCCUAAAAGUGCUAUCAUCAGUAUGGCCAGCUGAGCGGGAUAUAUUCCCUUGAAAAUAGCAGUGGUGUAUUCAAUGACAAAAGCAUUUACUAGAUUCUUUAUGGAUAGCCUUAGCAGUGAAACAGAGAUAAUAGAUUUCCUCACAGUAAGUCCUGGAUUUGUCUCUACUCGAAUGACGAAUCACCGGAAAGAUGCUUCCACUAUCUCAACUGAUUAUUGUGUAUCUAAUGCCUUAAAAGCAUUAGGUAGGUUCAAAGAGACCAGUAUCGUACCUAAAAUUACUCUAACCUACGGUUGGAUCUCCCAAAGUCUCUGGUACAUAAAUAACGAUCUCUACUCAAAGCAUCUCAACUACGCCUUGAACGACUCUGAGUCUCAACAAAUGGGGAUGGUUCUCGCUCAAAAAGAGCGUGAAAGAGACCAAAAUAAUGUUUGCAAAUAG